UGGUGUAGUAAUUUCAUCUCAAUUGAGCAUUUCAAUUUCCAAGUUGGUCAGUCAACAAUCCGUUCUCUUGUGAUCCACAUUUUCAUAAAGUACUUUGCAGACAUUUGUGGUAGAUCCAUGGCGGAAGCAAUUCCAUACGGGACAAUCAGUAACAUCUUGUCCAAGUUGGUGUGGCUUGUUGGGGAAGAGCUUGGCUUGGCUUCCGUCUGGGACGAGGAGCUGGAGAAGCUUCUAGAGACUCUCAACACAAUAAACGCCGUCCUUCUUGAUGCUGAGGAGAAGCAGGAGAGUAACCGGGCCUUGAAGAACUGCAUAAGUCGGCUAGGAGAUGUUGUCUAUGAUGCAGACGACUUAUUGGAUGAAGUCGACUAUGAAAUCCAACACCAGAAGGUACAUGCUCGGGGAAAAGUAUCCGAGGUUCAUGUUUGGGAACAUGUACGCAAUUUCUUUUCACCCUCGAACCCUCUAGUCAUUGGUCUUAACAUGGGUCAUAGAAUUAAGGAGAUUAGAGGGAGGCUGGACGCAGUUGCAGCAGAUAUGUCUAAGUUUAACUUGAGGGAGAUAGUUGGAGAACUGGGUAAGAAAGCUAAGGAUACUGGCAGGGAGACUGCCUCAAAGGUGAGAUCGGAAUUAAUAAUAGGGAGAGAGAAAGAUAAAGAGCUUAUUAUAGAAUCAUUGUUGAAGAAGCAAAAAGAUGAUCAUGGUGACAUCAUCCCCAUUGUUGCCAUUGUUGGGUUUGGAGGUUUGGGAAAGACCUCGCUGGCCCAGUUGGUGUAUGUCGAUGCAAAAGUAAAAAGCUCUUUCGACCAACAGAUAUGGGUAUGUGUUUCUGAAGACUUUAAUAUAUGUAUGAUUUUUAAGGAAAUCUUGAAGUCUUUGGACAACACGGUCAAAGUGGAUAACUUGAAUCUAGAUCAAGUCCUAACAGAACUUGAAGAAAAAUUAAGAGGGAAGAGAUAUUUAUUGGUGUUGGAUGAUGUGUGGAAUGAAAACAAUUUAAAGUGGGAUGAUUUUUCAAAUUAUCUAGUCUGUUAUGGUGCUCCUGGAAGCAAAAUUCUUGUGACAACUCGUAGUAAGAUAGUUGCAUCAGCUAUGGGGAUACGCGAUUCUUACCUUCUAGAAGGUCUCAAUGAGGAUCAAUCUUGGGCUUUGUUUAAGCAGGUGGCAUUUAAAGGACAAGGCCAAAUCGAUACAGACCUUAGAGUAAUUGGAGAAGAUGUUGCACGAAGAUGCAAAGGAGUUCCUCUUGCUCUCAAAUGUUUGGGAGGAUUGAUGAGACAAAAGCCUAGUAAAAAUUAUUGGUCGUCUGUCCAAGAAAAUGGAAUCUGGAAGUCACUCGAAAAGGAUGGUAAUACUUCCCUGGUGUUAAGAUUGAGUUAUGAUCACUUACCAAGUCAUUUAAAACAAUGUUUUGUUUUUUGUUCGGUUUUCCCAAAAGACUUCAAGAUAUCUAAAGACAACUUGAUCCAAUCAUGGCGAGCACAAGGUUACAUUCAAUUAGAGGAAAAUGAGAAUAUACAAGACCUUGGUGAUGAAUACUUUAAUGAUUUGCUAUUAAGAUCAUUUUUUCAAGAGGAGGAGAAAGAUAUGUAUGGGAAUAUCAUCUGUUGUAAAAUGCAUGACCUUAUCCAUGAUCUUGCAUUAUCAUUAAAAGGUCGUCAUUUUCAUUGGAUGAAAGAUGAAAAAGAAAGAAUUUCAAAAGGAGUUCGACAUGUGUCAUUAGAAAACAAUUCCAAAGGAGUUGUUUUGACUUUGUUGGAAACAAAAGAGAUAAGAACUAUAUUUUUUCGGAUACACAUUUUUGAGGAUUUAUUUAUUCAAAAUGUAACUUUUUCAAGCUUCAAUUGUUUACGAAUGUUGAAUUUGAGUAAGAUGGGCAUUGUCACUUUGCCAGAUUCAAUUGGUGAAUUGAAGCACUUGAGAUAUCUUGAUCUUUCUGUUAAUAAGGAGAUGAAAGUGCUUCCAGAUGCAAUAACCAAAUUGCACCAUUUGCAAACUCUAUUACUAUAUCAUUGCAUCACUCUUGAAGAGUUACCAAGGGAUAUACAACACUUGAUUAGUUUGGAAUAUCUCAAGAUUGAUGAUUGCCAUGCCCUAAAGUACUUGCCAAAAGGGUUAGGGGAAUUGACUUCGUUACAAAGAUUGGACAGAUUUAUUCUGAACAGUGUUGAAGAAAGUUUCUCAACUGCAGCCACGUUGAAUGAGUUGAGGGACCUAGAUGACCUUGGAAACAGCUUAACAAUUGAACACUUAGAAAAGGUGAGGAAUGUGGAGUUAGAAUCGAAAGAGGCAUUAAAGAAAAAGAAACGGCUUCAUUCUUUGCAAUUGUGCUGGAGACCCUUGAACUGGCGGAGGACUUCCUCUUCAGAACGAGUGGGCAAUGAAAAGGAUGAGUCAUUGUUAAACAAUCUUGAGCCACACCUGAAUUUGAAGGGGCUGAAGUUAUCCGAUUAUGGCGGAGCAAGGUUUUCGAGUUGGCUAUCUUCAUUAACUAAUUUAGUCCAACUUGAAAUAAAACAUUUUUGUAAUUGCCAACAUCUACCACCCUUGGAUCAUCUUUCAUCUCUCAAAUCUCUUUCUCUUGAGUAUUCCAAUGUUUUAGAACACCUGCCACCCUUGGGUCAUCUUUCAUCUCUCGAGUCUCUUGAUCUUUGUGGGUUAGAUGUGUUAGAAUACGUGGCAGAUUCUUUCCCUUUGCCUUGUUCCACGUCAAGAGAAUCAUUCUUCCCGUGCCUUAAGAAACUUUCAAUCUGGCGCUGUCCCAAUCUCAAAGGAUGGUGGAAGACAAAGAAUGAGAACCAAGGAUCAAUCGCUGAGCUGCCUUGCUUUCCUUGCCUUUCCGAGUUAUAUAUCGGCAAGUGUCCAAACUUAACCUCCAUGCCGUUGUUUCCAUCUCUUGACCAAAGAUUCUCUUUGAAUGAUACUAGUGUAAGUCUUUUGCAACAAACAUUGGAGAUGAAGAUGACAUCAGAAGAAGCAUCAUCAUCAUUAGGGAGCGCUUGUCAUUCAUAUUCUUCAACUACCCUUCCUCUCUCCAAUUUGAAGCGUCUGAGUCUUGUUGACAUUAAGGAUUUAGAAGUUCUACCCUUCCUACAAAAUCUCACUUCUCUUGAGUACUUAUUGUUGAGAGACUGCCCUAAAUUGGAAUUGCUACUGCCGGAAAAGAUGAGCUGCGUCGUCCCUAUAAAAAAAUUGUGUGUUUCGAAUUGCCCUAAUUUGAGGGCCUUGCCGGACUGGAGACUCAAUCUCACUUCUCUUAAAACAAUUAAAAUUGAGAAGUGUCUUAAAUUACGGCACAUUCCAGAAGGGACGUUUGAUCUUACAUCUUUAUAAGAAUUAUCUGUUCAGAAUCAUACUCAAUCUCACU